AUGGGGUUGAAUAAUCGCGAUAAGCAGGCGAAACUGAAAAGUCAGAGCCUGCUUGACUCCGAGCGUUCCGGCCAGCAGACGGUGACGACGGUUUCGGUGGACCAUGGCACUAUUGCUGUACCGCUGGAAACGCUGGUCGCCAGCUCGACGAGCAACAGCAGCUCCACGUUCCAGCAAUCGUCUUCCACAUCGUCGAAGGUGCACCAGCACACGUCGAAAGGCAAUGUGAGUGAAGUGCGUGAAUUCGGCUCUAAGUCGGACGGUCAGCAGAAGUUCACCACCGUCAGUAGCAUGCGUGAUGCGGCCAGCAAGUCGAAACAGAUCGAUAACAUUAUCGAGGAGAUACAUCACAUCGCGAGUGACACGAUCCGGGUGGGCGAGAUGGGUGGUGGUCCGGGUGGGUCGGCUUCCGGUGCGCUUCAUGGUUCCACCAAGGUGACACAGAAAACGGUGCUAGUGGGCGGCAGAGAAGGAGGUCGAAAGGAAUCCUUCGUUAGUGACAGUGCGGUUCGUUCCACCGUAUCCGGUGUAUCCGGUGACACUAGUCAGGAAGUGAUAACGGCCAUCGGUCCAAGUAAAAUCGAAAUUUCUAAGAUGGCGCUCGACAGCAGCGCGCUCAGUAGUGUUACGAGCAGUAGUAGCAGCAGCAGCAAAGUCGUACAGAGUAGUAGCAGUGCCAUAUCUAAGCAGGAACAGCAUCAACAAUCAUCACAGAGCACGUCUGAACGUAGUGAGAAGCUUGUGUCCGAAACCAGUGCAUCCUCCAGCACCCAGCGAAGCGAGUCACAAUCGAGCAAGAACGUCCAAAUGGCGUCAACGAAGUCGUCCUCCUCGUCGACGGCUCACAGCAAGGCGUCGGAAACAUUCCACACGUCAUCGAAGGGUGGUAGCGAUAUGCAAACGACAAUGCUUUCUACUGGCACUGAACGCCAGAACGGUGUACAUCUGGCCUCUUCCGGACAACAAAACGGUGCGCUAUUCACCGGUGGGCAGUUGUCCUCCACAGGACAUCCCAUGCCCGAUCAUUCCACGUUCGAUCAGAAAUCAUUCCAGUUGGUCGAUGCGAACGGUAAAACGCGCCAGCAUGUGGACACCCAGAGCUACUCGAUGGCUCAGAAUCAGGCACCGACAACGAAGGUCCUGUACGAUGCGGCAGGCAAUCAAAUAACCAGCACGUCCUCAUCGUACCAAGCGGCUCAGGGUUACAGCACUUCGUCGUUUAAAACCACGGGGGGAGUCGAUAUGAAGUCUUCAAAAGACACCAAUAGAACAUCGACAAUGUCCUCGAAAUCACACUCAGAAGUGACCGACAAACAUACUACGAGUGGAUCUUCUUCGUACAAAGCGACCCAAGAUCGUAGUUCUUCGUCGCUCCACAGCACGGAAGAAGUGAAAUCAGCAAAAGAUUCCAAGCUAUCGACUGACACCUCCACAAUGCGAUCCUCAAAUUUGUCCUCUUCCACAACGAAAGACACCGUCAUUGAUUCGACGACGUUGGAAAACUACGCAAAUCAGCUGGAUAGUAGCGCUGGGCAGCAUGCCAGCAAUAUGCUCAUGAAAACGGAAUCUGCACACACGGUGGCCAGCCUAUCUUCGGCACAUGACUCACUAGCCAGCACGAUUCAAAGCACGCAGCUAGUGACGGAAAUGGCCAGUACCGCAGAACAACGGCAGCAACACUCCGAGUCGACGAAAACGCUUGAAUCUUCCUCACAUUACACGCAGAUGGAUGAGGAAAGUCGCUCGAGGCGUAAAACCUCCGAAUUCCGUGAACAGCGGGAGUCAAAUACCGCCAUCAUGAAGCGUAAAAUCUACGAUGAGCAUGGCCGACGGUUGAAUCUGAUCGACGAGAAAAUCGUACCGAAAGACUUCGUAACGAAAGAUCUACAGGACGAUGUCACGACCGUGACGAAAACGUCGUACGAGGCGAAAAUGUUCAACCCGAAGCUCAACCGAUGGGAGCUGGUUGAUCAGAAGACGAUCCUCGAGAAGGACAUUACCACUGACAUACCGGUGGAGAUAGUGAAGGAGCUCGAGGUGGAACGGCCAGAGUUGGCCAACAUCACCACGACGAUCCAGACGGCGCAGGUCUAUGACGCAAAGACCAAACAGUGGAAAACGAUCGAUCACAAGAAGCACAUCGAUGUGUUGGAAAAGAUAACCUUCCUUGAGGAAAACUCCGGUCGCUCGGAGCUGGACGAAUCAGAGCGAACUAAAAACCUAAAGUCAAUGGAUACGGUGGAUCGAGUGACGAUCAGAGAAAUCAGCGACUCAAGCGACGAUAGGCGCACUCAUCUCAGCAAAACUAGCAAACGCAAGGACGAGCAAAAUGUGCAGGAACAAUGCAUCUGCGAAAUUUGUACCUGUGGCCGUCAUAAUUGUUAUAAUUGUGGCACAGGUACAAGCACAAGUCGAACAAAAUCUUCUAAGUACACUACAGUGAGCAAUAGCGAGAAUUUUUAUCAUCAAGAAAAUCUAUCAUCAGAGCUCAACGAACAAUCAACCAGUGUGCGGAGAGGAACCUGGACAAAAGAGGAUGUAGAAGAACAUCUCAAUCGCAGAGAAUCCUAUACCAUUGAACGCAGCAGUACCGAGCAGGAAGUAUCAGGAAGAAGACUCACUUGGACAAAGGAUGACUUUGGAAAGGUUGAUGUAACACAUCUACAAGGAGAUUACGAACGUCCAAAACCAAUCCGUCAUUCGGAUAACCUUAAGCCAGAAGGCGAAUUUUUAAUCCCCGAAAAGACGGCAUUUACACCAGGUGAACGUGCUAAACCUAUUCGUCAUGACGAUAAUCUUCGACCUGAAGGCGACUUCUCUACUCCGGAGAAGCCUCAGUAUCGUCCUGCUGAACGACCGAAGCAGAUAAAACCUGAGGACAAUCUGCGUACUGAAGGAGACUUCCAGGCUCCGGAGCGUCCUGAGUAUCGUCCUGGAGAGCGUCCGAAGCCGGUACGCCAUGACGAUAAUCUUCGACCAGAGGGAGACUUCGAGCGUCCAGAGAAGUCUCCGUUCAGACCUGCUGAACGUCCAAAACAAGUGCGUCCUGAGGAUAACCUUCGUCCUGAAGGAGAUUUCGCUACUCCGGAGAAGCCUCAGUAUCGUCCUGCUGAACGACCGAAACAGAUAAAGCCUGAGGACAAUCUGCGUACUGAAGGAGACUUCCAGGCUCCGGAGCGUCCUGAGUAUCGCCCUGGAGAGCGUCCAAAGCCGAUUCGUCACGACGAUAAUCUUCGGCCAGAGGGAGACUUCGAGCGUCCAGAGAAGUCUCCGUUCAGACCUGCUGAACGUCCAAAACAAAUAAAGCCUGAGGACAAUCUGCGUACUGAAGGAGACUUCCAGGCUCCGGAGCGUCCUGAGUAUCGUCCUGGAGAGCGUCCGAAGCCGGUACGCCAUGAUGAUAAUCUUCGGCCAGAGGGAGACUUCGAGCGUCCAGAGAAGUCUCCGUUCAGACCUGCUGAACGUCCAAAACAAGUGCGUCCUGAGGAUAACCUUCGUCCUGAGGGAGACUUCUCUACUCCGGAGAAGCCUCAGUAUCGUCCUGCUGAACGACCGAAGCAGAUAAAACCUGAGGACAAUCUGCGUACUGAAGGAGACUUCCAGGCUCCGGAGCGUGCUGAGUAUCGUCCUGGAGAGCGUCCGAAGCCGGUACGCCAUGACGAUAAUCUUCGACCAGAGGGAGACUUCGAGCGUCCAGAGAAGUCUCCGUUCAGACCUGCUGAACGUCCAAAACAAGUGCGUCCUGAGGAUAACCUUCGUCCUGAAGGAGAUUUCUCUACUCCGGAGAAGCAACAGUACCGACCCGCUGAGCGACCGAAACAGGUUCGUCCUGAGGACAACCUUCGUCCUGAGGGAGACUUCGAAAAACCAGACAAGCCUCAGUACAGAGCUGCUGAGCGUCCAAAACAAGUACGCCCGCAAGACAACCUCAAACCAGAAGGAGACUUCGAAAGACCUCAGCCUACGGUAGUGGGCAAAGCCGAAAGGGCUCAAAUCGUUCGUCAUGAGGACAACCUCUAUAUGGAAGGAAACUUUGAGAGAACAGAGAAAACGGUAUACAUUUCAGGUGAACGUUCGAAGCCCAUACGUCAUGACGAUAAUCUUCGGCCAGAGGGAGACUUCGAGCGUCCAGAGAAGUCUCCGUUCAGACCUGCUGAACGCCCGAAACAAAUAAAGCCUGAGGACAAUCUGCGUACUGAAGGAGACUUCCAGGCUCCGGAGCGUCCUGAGUAUCGUCCUGGAGAGCGUCCAAAGCCGAUUCGUCAUGACGAUAAUCUACGGCCAGAGGGAGACUUCGAGCGUCCAGAGAAGUCUCCGUUCAGACCUGCUGAACGCCCGAAACAAAUAAAGCCUGAGGACAAUCUGCGUACUGAAGGAGACUUCCAGGCUCCGGAGCGUCCUGAGUACCGUCCUGGAGAGCGUCCAAAGCCGAUUCGUCACGACGAUAAUCUUCGGCCAGAGGGAGAUUUUGAGCGACCAGAGAAGUCUCCUUUCAGACCUGCUGAACGUCCGAAACAAGUGCGUCCUGAGGAUAAUCUUCGUCCUGAGGGAGAUUUCUCUACUCCGGAGAAGCAACAGUACCGACCCGCUGAGCGACCGAAACAGGUUCGUCCUGAAGACAACCUUCGUCCUGAGGGAGACUUCGAAAAACCAGAGAAGCCUCAGUACAGAGCUGCUGAGCGUCCAAAACAAGUACGCCCGCAAGACAACCUCAAACCAGAAGGAGACUUCGAAAGACCUCAGCCUACGGUAGUGGGCAAAGCCGAAAGGGCUCAAAUCGUUCGUCAUGAGGACAACCUCUAUAUGGAAGGAAACUUUGAGAGAACAGAGAAAACGGUAUACAUUUCAGGUGAACGUUCGAAGCCCAUACGUCAUGACGAUAAUCUUCGGCCAGAGGGAGACUUCGAGCGUCCAGAGAAGUCUCCGUUCAGACCUGCUGAACGCCCGAAACAAAUAAAGCCUGAGGACAAUCUGCGUACUGAAGGAGACUUCCAGGCUCCGGAUCGUCCUGAGUACCGUCCUGGAGAGCGUCCAAAGCCGAUUCGUCACGACGAUAAUCUUCGGCCAGAGGGAGAUUUUGAGCGACCAGAGAAGUCUCCUUUCAGACCUGCUGAACGUCCGAAACAAGUGCGUCCUGAGGAUAAUCUUCGUCCUGAGGGAGAUUUCUCUACUCCGGAGAAGCAACAGUACCGACCCGCUGAGCGACCGAAACAGGUUCGUCCUGAAGACAACCUUCGUCCUGAGGGAGACUUCGAAAAACCAGAGAAGCCUCAGUACAGAGCUGCUGAGCGUCCAAAACAAGUACGCCCGCAAGACAACCUCAAACCAGAAGGAGACUUCGAAAGACCUCAGCCUACGGUAGUGGGCAAAGCCGAAAGGGCUCAAAUCGUUCGUCAUGAGGACAACCUCUAUAUGGAAGGAAACUUUGAGAGAACAGAGAAAACGGUAUACAUUUCAGGUGAACGUUCGAAGCCCAUACGUCAUGACGAUAAUCUUCGGCCAGAGGGAGACUUCGAGCGUCCAGAGAAGUCUCCGUUCAGACCUGCUGAACGCCCGAAACAAAUAAAGCCUGAGGACAAUCUGCGCACUGAAGGAGACUUCCAGGCUCCGGAGCGUCCUGAGUAUCGUCCUGGAGAGCGUCCAAAGCCGAUUCGUCAUGACGAUAAUCUACGGCCAGAGGGAGACUUCGAGCGUCCAGAGAAGUCUCCGUUCAGACCUGCUGAACGCCCGAAACAAGUGCGUCCUGAGGAUAACCUUCGUCCUGAGGGAGAUUUCUCUACUCCGGAGAAGCCUCAGUAUCGUCCUGCUGAACGACCGAAACAGAUAAAGCCUGAGGACAAUCUGCGUACUGAAGGAAACUUCCAAGCUCCGGAGCGUCCUGAGUAUCGCCCUGGAGAGCGUCCAAAGCCGAUUCGUCAUGACGAUAAUCUACGGCCAGAGGGAGACUUCGAACGUCCAGAGAAGUCUCCGUUCAGACCUGCUGAACGCCCGAAACAAGUGCGUCCUGAGGAUAACCUUCGUCCUGAGGGAGAUUUCGCUACUCCGGAGAAGCUUCAGUAUCGUCCUGCUGAACGACCGAAACAGGUUCGUCCUGAGGACAACCUUCGUCCUGAGGGAGACUUCGAAAAACCAGACAAGCCUCAGUACAGAGCUGCUGAGCGUCCAAAACAAGUACGCCCGCAAGACAACCUCAAACCAGAAGGAGACUUCGAAAGACCUCAGCCUACGGUAGUGGGCAAAGCCGAAAGGGCUCAAAUCGUUCGUCAUGAGGACAACCUCUAUAUGGAAGGAAACUUUGAGAGAACAGAGAAAACGGUAUACAUUUCAGGUGAACGUUCGAAGCCCAUACGUCAUGACGAUAAUCUUCGGCCAGAGGGAGACUUCGAGCGUCCAGAGAAGUCUCCGUUCAGACCUGCUGAACGCCCGAAACAAAUAAAGCCUGAGGACAAUCUGCGUACUGAAGGAAACUUCCAAGCUCCAGAGCGUCUUGAGUAUCGCCCUGGAGAGCGUCCAAAGCCGAUUCGUCACGACGAUAAUCUACGGCCAGAGGGAGACUUCGAACGUCCAGAGAAGUCUCCGUUCAGACCUGCUGAACGCCCGAAACAAGUGCGUCCUGAGGAUAACCUUCGUCCUGAGGGAGAUUUCUCUACUCCGGAGAAGCUUCAGUAUCGUCCUGCUGAACGACCGAAACAGGUUCGUCCUGAGGACAAUCUUCGUCCUGAAGGAGACUUCGAGAAACCAGAGAAGCCUCAGUACAGAGCUGCUGAGCGUCCAAAACAAGUACGCCCGCAAGACAACCUCAAACCAGAAGGAGACUUCGAAAGACCUCAGCCUACGGUAGUGGGCAAAGCCGAAAGGGCUCAAAUCGUUCGUCAUGAGGACAACCUCUAUAUGGAAGGAAACUUUGAGAGAACAGAGAAAACGGUAUACAUUUCAGGUGAACGUUCGAAGCCCAUACGUCAUGACGAUAAUCUUCGGCCAGAGGGAGACUUCGAGCGUCCAGAGAAGUCUCCGUUCAGACCUGCUGAACGCCCGAAACAAAUAAAGCCUGAGGACAAUCUGCGCACUGAAGGAGACUUUCAGGCUCCGGAGCGUCCUGAGUAUCGUCCUGGAGAGCGUCCAAAGCCGAUUCGUCAUGACGAUAAUCUACGGCCAGAGGGAGACUUCGAGCGUCCAGAGAAGUCUCCGUUCAGACCUGCUGAACGCCCGAAACAAGUGCGCCCUGAGGAUAACCUUCGUCCUGAGGGAGAUUUCGCUACUCCGGAGAAGCCUCAGUAUCGUCCUGCUGAACGACCGAAACAGAUAAAGCCUGAGGACAAUCUGCGUACUGAAGGAGACUUCCAGGCUCCGGAGCGUCCUGAGUAUCGUCCUGGAGAGCGUCCGAAGCCGGUACGCCAUGACGAUAAUCUUCGGCCAGAGGGAGACUUCGAGCGUCCAGAGAAGUCUCCGUUCAGACCUGCUGAACGCCCGAAACAAAUAAAGCCUGAGGACAAUCUGCGUACUGAAGGAGACUUCCAGGCUCCGGAGCGUCCUGAGUAUCGUCCUGGAGAGCGUCCGAAGCCGGUACGCCAUGACGAUAAUCUUCGACCAGAGGGAGACUUCGAGCGUCCAGAGAAGUCUCCGUUCAGACCUGCUGAACGCCCCAAACAAGUGCGUCCUGAGGAUAAUCUUAAGACGGAAGGAAAUUUCAUGUCCCCGGAAAAGCCACAAUUUAGACCCGCUGAGCGUCCGAAGCAAGUCAAACCGCAAGAUAAUUUGAAGCCGGAAGGAGAUUUCGAUCGUCCAAAGCCGUCUGUCGUAGGUAAAGCUGAACGCGCUCAAAUUGUCAAGCAUGAAGAUAAUUUACGUGUAGAAGGCACGUUUGAAAAAGUCCAGAAAUCUGUGUUUAUUGCUGGAGAACGUCCCAAACCUAUCAAGCCGGAUGAUAAUUUACGCCCAGAGGGUACUUUUAUGACCCCAGAAAAACAGCAAUACCGACCUGCUGAAAGGCCAAAACAAGUCAAGCCGCAAGAUAAUCUGCGUCCAGAGGGAGAAUUUGAGCGACCACAGAAGUCUCCAGUCGGACCGGGAGAACGCCCGAAACCAAUAAAACAUGAUGAUAAUCUUCGACCAGAAGGAACAUUUGAGAGACCAGAGAAGUCCACCUUCAAACCGGCUGAGCGACCCAAACAAAUACGUCCCGAGGACAACCUGCGCACCGAAGGAGACUUUGAAAAGCCCGAAAAGCCGCAUUUCCAACCGGCUGAGCGUCCGAAACAGGUAAAACCGCAGGAUAACCUGCACAUUGAGGGCAACUAUAAUUCUUUCAAGGAGUACAACGAAAUGAAACAGCACAAGGAAGCGGUAAUAAAAGAAGUGCACGAGCCUGGUAUUGCCGAUGGAACCGUGCUGGUGACCACACAAACUGUCACCACCAUUCUGAAGGGUGAUAAGAAGCAACCGACCGGUAGAAAAGUAACCACUAGCGAAAUGCACGACCACGCGACUCGCUCGGAGUCGGAACUAAUCACGCACAGCCACAGCCAGACCCAGAAGCUGAACCAACAACAGCACCAUGCCAGUGAGCAGGUCUCUAGCUCUACUGCCGUCAAUCGAACGCAGCGCACUGAAGCUAGCACCAACGAACGCGAUCAUUCCACUUCGCAACGAUCCACCAUGAAACACUCGCAAUCGAUUCAAGACGUUUCAGGACGAAAUGUUACCGAAUCGAUCACGAACAGAAACCAACAGCACACAAUGGUCAAUGGAAAAACGGUGGUAGGUGGUUUGUUCGAGCAGCAAAGCCACGGUCAAACCAUUAAAACGUCGUCCUCCAGCUCGAAGAUCCACCAGACGAGUUCCUCAAUGCAGCAACAUUCCUCGCACAGCAGCAGUACCCAUCAUCAGCAGCAGCAACAGCACGGAGUAAUUCAUCACUCUCAUACGAACGGUAAGCUUACGUCGAUCGUCGAUGGACCAUCGAUGGACGGGGAUGUUCAACGUCACUCGCGUGAGCAGGUCACAGCCUCGCAGACUUCUUCUACCAGCAGCAAGGUCGUCAUCGAUGGCAAGGUUGUGACGGACAAGUCGGCCUCGAGCAAGGAAGCUACUGAAAAACUAGCUGUCGACGGAGUUCUCGUGUCCGAUAAGAGCUCCGUCGAGAGGCUCAAGUCUGGUUUUGAUGGCAUGGAAAGCAUUUCUAGUGCUCAAACAUCAGCGGAACAGACCGGUCAUGGUUCUGUGAGCAGCAGCGUACAUGGCAAGACCAUGAGCUCCAUCGGAAGUCAUUCAACGGCUAAGUCGCAGAAUCAAACGCGCUCAUCACACAGCGUCAUCCACGGGGAAUCCGUAAACGGUCAUUCCGGACAACGCAACGGGACAGUGGCAUCUACUGGCCAGGUAACGGAGACGCAAGUGAAGAAGCUGAUCGGUGGCAAAUGGGUUACGAAAACAAUCACUACGGAGAGCAAAUCAUCCGCAUCCAAUGACCACCGACAAGCAGUGGAUCAAACUGGAGCAACACAACGCCUCCGGGAUGGUGUGACUUCCAAGACGGUGGCAUCCGAUCAGCGUCAGCAGCACCAUGGCAAGACAUCGGUUUCGGAAAUGCAUUCACACACCAGCUCCUCAAGCUCUUCGAUCAUGAAGUCACAAUCGAGCAGUACAGUCGUGAGCGAUAACGUGGUACAACGGGGAAUUCGGUCGACAAACGAAGCAACGGUGUCUGCCGGAUCACCCUCAGGACGUGCCGGAGCACGUGGAAGCUCGAGCAUUGUCCUUGGUGAAUCAACGGUCGACAGUGGCUCCUCUAAACGCCAGCAAUCGAGCACCACUACCAGGUUGAUUGGAGGUAAGCUCGUUCACGUGGCCGCAUCGAACGAAGGAAGUAACAAUAUUUCCACAACGACUGGCAAAUCGUCGAACGCGCACUCCUCCACGAUGGAACAAUCAUCAUCCCAAACGGCUUCGUCGACCUCGACGUCAAACGUGGCGAAGUCGAGCAGAACUGAAUCGAGCAGUAGCCACGUGGCCACAGCAAACAGCUCGAAUCACGGCCAGCAAUCGUCAUCGCAGCAGUACAACCGCAAGAACACGUUCGCGUCGUCCGAAAACGUGAACAACUCCAUCCUCUGCCGGCCAGCACAGACAUCUUCGUCGGUUUCGACUUCACAAACGACCGCAAACGGCACCGGAGGUAUGAGUGUUUCCGGUUCGAUUCAGCGCAAGAGCAUUUCCAACCUGAACGACAGCUCGAUGUACUCGACUACGAACCGUACCAGCUACAGCUCGCUGCACAGACGCGCGAAGGAAACGCCCGAAGCAAAAAUGCAGGAUUACGUCAGGACACUCGAAACCGGUACCAUCACUGGGCGAACCGUGCGCGGACAGCCUUGUCCUCCGCCAACCCUCGUCGGGACAGGACUUUCCAGUGGUGGAGCAAUGUCGACUACCACUAGCAGUUCGACAGCCAUGAACCAGAAGUCGCUCCGGGACUACCACUCGGCUAUGAACGUGACACGCAGCUCGACCAAGGCGAACGCUUCAAGCAUCUCGUUUGGGGAUGACAAGUUCCACGGUAACAGCUCGUACAAGGUGCAGUACAUCCAGCAGCACGAGGGCCGUUGUCCGGCGGCCGUUCACGACAAUCUGAAGGUGUCAAAGGUGACCAACCAGCACACGUACUACGUGCGGGAGAAGAAAUAAGCAUCGGAGAAGAAAGCAGCAGCCCAUUUGAUUGCGCUCAUCUUUGGACCGGUGAUUCAACCAGCAAUUUUGCAGGCGAAAAGGACGGGUGCUGCUGUGCCGACUGCAUUAUUAUUCUAGUAUCUAAGUGUAUUUUAUCAACGACUCAUACGACAACGAAUUACCCCGUAUACAGGCGUAUGAAACAAAAGACUAAUCACCUUGCGCGUACGUAGCGCAUCAUAAUCCACAUUAUUCUACCCAACAUACUGCGUGCCUUGGCAACGACAUGAUAGCUUAUGCUUUUUUAUUAAAUAAAAUUGUU